AUGAGUGACGACUUGAACGCGAUCAACUUUAUGACUGGCUCGCCGCUCAAUCGAUUCGGCUGGCUACGAACGUCUGCACGAUUUAUCAAUGCCUCUGCCUCGUCUUCACGCGCCCGAUGGCUGCUUUUCCGCUCGGGAGACCCGUUGAUCGUGAAAUCGUCUGGUGCACCUCUUGCACUCUCCACCAACCGCGUCGAGCGUCUCUUGGGUCCACAGCCUUUUUUUGGUCAAGGACAAGUCGAUGGCGAGCUCGCGUCUCCUGAUAUCAAAUCCUUGCAGAGCGCGCGAUUACGAGGUCCUAUUGCCAUUUUCCUUGGUGUCCUCGAGACGAAGAAUGCGGCGAAUACAAGCGUGACGGAACAAGACCAAGAUGUGAUCAUUGACGAGGUCAAAGGGGAUGCAUACUUUGCACUCGAUGUCACGAAUAUCGACAAAGAAGUCUUGUCCGUGCUACAAGAUGAUGUUGGCGAGGACGCGGCGUUUGCGUCUGCACGAGGGGCGGCGAGUGCGUUUGAUAAGACACAGGCGGCAAUGUUUGCCGGUGCACGCGCUAUGCUCGAGUGGAAUUCGAGGAACAAGGCGAUUUUGCGCAGGAUGUGGAUCACCUGUGUAUUCGAUUUGGGCUGGAUGGAAACUUGCGUGCUCGAGCUUGCUUCCUUGGGCGGAACCUCGUUCCCCACCGUGUCCGACGAGCAUCCGAGGACGGAUGCAGUCGUCAUUACGGGUGUGAUUGACCAGACCGGCGACAAGAUUCUUCUCGGGAAUAAUAAGAAAUUCCCUGGUGUCUUUUACUCGACGCUGGCCGGGUUUAUCGAACCUGGAGAAAAGUCGGGUGUCAAAGUGUACGAUGUGGUUUAUCACUCUACACAACCGUGGCCCUAUCCGAGCAAUCUCAUGGUCGGCUUCUAUGCACGAGCCGACUCGAAUCAACCAAUAGUCCUGGACCUCGACACGGAACUUGCAGACGCAAGGUGGUUUACACGUGAAGAAGUACUAGAAGUACUCGCGCAUCCAGAUGGCACCAAUCUCGGUGCGCGGGAUUACCGCAAGCUGGACAACAUUGUCUCUGGACAAACGACAGAUCCUAGUGCAUCGCAAGCUGCUACAGCCCCGCCGCAAGAGAAACCAUCGGCGCCUGGACCAAAGUUUCGCGUUCCGCCACCCACAUCCAUUGCAGGUACUCUCAUUGCGACUUGGGCGUAUGGAAAGGCAAAACUGUAA